UUGACAGCAGACCGUGAGCGUCAUGCUGAGUUUCGCGCUUCGGAAACAUUUACGGAGUGUUCAGAACGGUUGACUGCAGACCGUGAACGUCAUGCUGAGUCUCGCGCUUCAGAAACGUUUACUCAAUAUUCGGAACGCUUGACUGCAGACCGUGAGCGUCAUGCUGAGUCUCGCGCUUCAGAAACGUUUACUCAAUAUUCGGAACGCUUGACUGCAGAUCGUGAGCGUCAUGUCGAGUCUCGCGCUUCGGAAACAUUUACGGAGUGUUCAGAACGGUUGACUGCAGACCGUGAAAGUCAUGCUGAGUCUCGCGCUUCAGAAACGCUAACUCAAUAUUCGGAACGCUUGACUGCAGACCGGGAACGUCAUGCAAGAUCACGUGCUUUGGAAUCAUUUACUCAAUAUGAAGCGAGGUUAGCAGCAGAUAGGGAGAGCCGUUCGGUAAGUAGGACACAUGAAACCCAGCAGGAGCAUGACUUACGCUUAGAAUUGGCAAGGGGAUAUUAUGAAAAUUCGCUUCAACACCGUAACGAACUUUUGUCUUUACAAAGGGAAAGAGUGCAAGCAAUUAGGAGUAACGAGACAGAGAGUGAACGUGCAAUUCGGUUAAUAAAACCAUUAAAUUAA